AUAACCGGAAGCACUUGCCACUAUUGUUGCUAACUGCACGUCCGCCUGCCUUUGAGCUCCGAUCAGCGUCUCUGAAUCAGAAGUGAAUGAAACUCUUAACCAGCAGAUUUUACAGCAUUUUUGGCCCGUUUUAGAUCAGGAUUCAGUUUUUAACCGGUAGCACGCGCGCACACACACACCACAGUAAUCUGGGUGCAGGACGGACGUUAGCUUCGGUAGCUAGGUAAGUUAGCUUGUUCGCUAACUGCUGGUGAAACCCAGCAGAAUGGAUCUGUUCGACGACCUUCCAGAACCGACACAGAUUUCCGUUCCACCUUCAGCUCUGCCACAGACAACAAAAGAUGACGAGGAGGAGAAAACGCUAAAACGGAGGCGAGAGGAUGAAGAAGACAAAGAGGAAGAGGAGGAGAUCAAGAAAGUUUGUAGAGAAGACCUCCCCGUGCUGAAAGCCUACGUGGCGGCGAGGCGUGGCGAGCGCGAGGAGAUGCAGGACGCUCACGUGUUGCUGCCCGACAUGACCAGCUGUCUGUCGUCGCUGCCGGGGAACGUGUCUCGCGUCUCGUACUUCGCCGUGUUUGACGGUCAUGGCGGAGCUCGGGCGUCUCGAUUCGCUGCUGAACAUCUUCACCAUAAUCUGGCCAAGAAGUUCCCUGCAGGAGACGCUGAACAUUUAGACAAGCUGAUAAAGAAGUGUCUCCUGGACACUUUCCGGCAGACGGAUGAAGACUUCCUGAAGAAAGCGUCCAGCCAGAAGCCGGCGUGGAAGGACGGCUCCACGGCCACCUGCGUGCUGGUGGUGGACGACAUGGUGUAUGUGGCCAACCUGGGAGACAGCAGGGUGAGCUGGACUCGGUCAUGUUGUAUCAGGCCUGUGGACAUGUGGUCUCAGACGCCGUCUGUCUGUCUGCAGGCGAUGUUGUGUCGGACGGAGGCAGCGGACGGACAGGGGAAGGCGGUGACGCUGGCUCUCAGUAAGGAACACAACCCCACCAUCUACGAGGAGCGGAUGAGGAUCCAGAGAGCAGGAGGCAGCGUCAGGGAUGGCCGGGUACUCGGGGUCCUCGAGGUGUCUCGCUCCAUCGGAGACGGUCAGUACAAACGCUGUGGAGUCGUCUCCACGCCCGACCUGAGGAGGUGUCAGCUCACAGCCAAUGACAGGUUCAUCCUUCUGGCCUGUGACGGUUUGUUUAAAGUGUUUUCAGCUGAUGAAACGGUCAAGUUUGUCCUCAACGUCCUCCAGGAGGGGAACGUGGAGCCCAGGUUGGGUCUGACGGAGGAGGAAACCCGGUUUGAAGCUGCCUGCCAGCAGCUGGCCAGCGAGGCGGUGAGACGCGGCUGCGCCGACAACGUCACCGUCAUCCUGGUUUCUAUUGGCUGCUGAGCUUCAUCACAUCACAGCUGACCAACAUCUGCUCGUCUUGUUUUCAAAUAAAAACGCUUUUUUUUUA